AUGGCUGUACUUACGAACGGCACGGCUGUCGAAACGGCGCCGCUGUCGGCGCCAAAAAACAACGACCAAACACACACUCUCAGCUUGGUGAUUCUGAUUGUGGCCAUAUUCUCUGCUCUUGGGUCUAUUUGGAUGAUUCUUGGCUUCGCAAUGAACAAGUCGUUGCGAACAUUUAGACAUCAGCUUAUCCUUGGUCUUGCGUUGAGUGACUUUUUCAUGGCCAUCAACUUCCUGUCUUCAGCUGCCGUCAACCUGUCUGGCCAGGACAUUGGCUCAAAAUCCUGCAAGUCCUUCUGCAGCUUCAACGGAUUUAUGAUUCAAACAUUUGUUGACCAGACGGACUAUUGGGUUCUUUCCAUCGCCGCCUGCAUAUUCAUCAUGGUGGACGACAGGAAGGCGGUUUCGCAGUGGAUUCAAAACAACAGGGUCGUGGUAUGGACAGUGCCAUGGGCCUUGUCGCUUCUUUGGGCGACCCUUGGAUUAUGCUUGGCUGGUUAUGGAGACAUCGGAGCGUGGUGCUGGUUCACGAGCGACAAGACCCGACUACUAGUCAACUUCCUCCCUCGCUGGGUCAUCAUCGUGCUGAUGCUUCUCCUGUAUCUUCGCCUGCACUUCAUCAUACACCGCGCGCACGAUAACUUUGUGUCGUUCAACGACGACGAGGAAUACGGCGUCGGCUCCGGAUCGCACUCGGGACCGUACUCGGUGUCGAAGAGCGGCGGGUCCUGGUCUCUGCAGCCGGUGCACAUGUCGGAGCUCUCCGAGGGCUCGAGUCAGGAGCGCAUCGUGGCGCCGCCCGCGCCGCCGGCGGAGGCGCCGAGACCAAAGACGCGAAGGAGUCGAGGUGCGGCCGAUUUGCGGAGGCUGUCUUACCAGAUGAUGCUCUACCCGCUGGUCUACAUGCUCAUCUGGGCACUGCCGACGGCAAUUCGCAUAUACCAGGCUGUCAGCGGACACUCGGCUCCAUUUUCGGUGGCGACUGUCGACAAGGUACGGCCGCUGAAGAAGUCGCAAUGUUGA